AUGAAGUUAUUCAUUCUUUUGGCGUUGGUAAGCAUUGCCGCAUGUGCUGUUCAUCAACACAGAAUUAACUGGAGGCCAUCGAAACGGAUGGAAAUGCUUCGUAGAGGCGAAUAUGCAGCAUAUCUCGAAUAUCAGAGAGAAUUGCGUAAACAGUCUCCAAAUGUUUUGAACAGUCUCCCGCAAAAUGUCAACGAUUUUGGGGACUUUGAAUAUCUCGGAAAUAUUACCAUCGGAACCCCUGAUCAAUCAUUUGUUGUCGUUCUUGAUACCGGAUCUGCCAACCUUUGGGUUCCGGGACCAAAAUGCGAUAAGUCGUGCGACGGAAAAAGCAAGUUUGAUUCGUCGAAAUCGAAAACAUUUGUGAAAAAUGGGGAAUCAUGGAUAAUUCAGUACGGAUCAGGAGACGCUUCCGGAUAUUUAGGAGAAGACACCGUCAGAUUUGGAGCUGUUGGUGAAGAUCAGCUUGAGGUUCCAUCGACUACUUUUGGAAUUGCGACAAGAAUUUCUGCCGAUUUCAAAAAUGAUGCCACGGAUGGAAUCCUUGGACUUGCUUUCACUUCUCUUGCAGUAGACGGGGUUGUUCCGCCACUCAUCAACGCGAUCAAUCAAAACCUUCUUGAUCAGCCACUUUUCACCGUGUGGCUUGAACAUAGAGGAUCUCUGAACAACGUCGGAGGAGGUGUAUUUACUUACGGAGCGAUUGAUACUACCGACUGUGGAGCAAUUGUCGGCUAUCAGCCACUUUCGUCGGCCACCUAUUAUCAGUUCAAAGCUUCUGGAUUUGCUCUCGGCAGCUAUUCAAACUCCAAGAAUGUUGAAGUUAUUUCCGACACCGGAACUUCUUUCCUCGGUGGACCACAAGAUGUUGUUGAUGGACUCGCAAAAGCAGCUGGAGCCACUUACGAUUACUUCAACGAGGUUUAUUUCAUCGACUGCAAAGCACAACCAGGCACACUUGAUAUCACAAUUGGAGGAAAUGUUUACUCUAUCAAGCCAGUCAACUACAUUGUCGACGCUGGAAAUGGUCAAUGCCUCUUUGCUGCGUUUCCGUUCGAUUUCGGAGGAUUCGGCCCGUCUUGGAUUCUCGGUGACCCAUUCAUCCGUCAAUAUUGCAACAUUUAUGACAUCGGAAACAAGCAAAUGGGAUUUGCUCCAUCGCUUCAAAAGUAA